AUGGGCAAUGAAGAGUCGACCGUAGUGGGUGAUUCCACGCCGCCAUCCGUGCUCGAGGCACGGAACAUUGAGGCGGUGGCCAAGUACAUCAAGCAGAAAAAUGUACAGCGCAUUGUGGUGAUGGUAUGUCAUGCUUCCUAUUGUAUUGUCUCAACCUAUGCAUGGCGGAGAAAGCUAACUGAUGCACAGGUGGGUGCGGGCAUCAGUACCUCCGCCGGCAUCCCAGAUUUUCGAUCCCCUGAUACAGGACUCUACGCGAACCUGGCUUUUUUGGACUUAGAAGAACCCGAAGAUGUAUUUGACAUUAGCUUCUUCAGAGAGAACCCGAAACCGUUCUACGCAUUGGCGCAUGAGCUCUACCCGGGUCGCUAUCGCCCGACGAUUGCCCACUCGUUCAUUAAACUGCUCUACGACAAGGGGAUGUUGCUGAAGCACUUUACGCAGAACAUUGAUUGUCUCGAGCGCCAGGCCGGUCUUCCGGGGGACAUGAUUGUUGAGGCCCAUGGCAGCUUCGCAACCCAGCGCUGCAUCGAAUGCAAGACACCCUAUCCCGAUGACGAGAUGCACCAGGUGGUUGAGAAAGGCGAGGUGCCACACUGUGUGGUUCCACAGUGCAAUGGCCUGGUCAAACCUGACAUAGUGUUUUUCGGCGAGGCUCUUCCCGAGAGUUUCUUCCAGAACCGUUCCCUGCCGGCAGAGGCGGAUCUGUGUAUUGUUAUGGGGACUAGUCUGUCUGUGCAACCGUUUGCCAGUCUCCCCUCCCUCUGCCGCGAGGGAACGCCACGCGUGUUGAUCAAUAUGCAACGGGUGGGUGGUCUUGGGUCAAGACCCGACGAUGUGCUGGUCCUCGGCGACUGCGAUGCUGGCGUGCGGACAUUCGCGAAGGCCAUGGGAUGGGAAGCUGAGCUGGAGGCCCUCUGGGAGGAGACCAACCCCGACCCCAAGGCCCGCGAGGCCGAGACCGCCCCACUGCCGACCCGGGACGAGCGGCUCCAGGAGGAGGUGGAUCGUCUGACGCAGGAAGUUGAGCGCACACUGGGACUGACGGAUGCAUAUGAGCAACGGGUCCGAGAGCGGUUAGGAGAACCGAACAGCUCGUUAUCUUCGAGUGGCUCCGAGGAAGCAGGGCAAGGGCUGGCGCAUGUGUUUCCGCACUUGGCGCGCCAACCCCGGUAG